AUGGCCAAGGAGUCCAGAGACGAAGAAGGAACAAUAGUCAGGAAUGCACCGACCUCGAAUCCUUCUGCCCAAGAUGAUAAGCUGGACAAGCUAUGCAACAUGUUCGAAAAGUUCAUGACAACACAAGGAACACCCAACCAAGGGGCCCCCAACAUCCGGAAGCCUGUGAAGACUUGCCAACUUUGCAUGGCAAAUUCACAUACAACCGAUGAAUGCCCACAACUGUUCGAGGACGAGGAGGUUAAUGCUAUUGGGCAGCAAUACAACAACCAAGGAUGGAGACAGCAUGAAAACCUCAGGUACAACAACAACAACUAUCUGGGGCCGAACCAGGGGCAACCAAGUAAUCAACAGCAGUACUCGCAACAACCUCGACAGGCAAGAGGAUCCUCCCUGGCAGAGCUUGUGCAUCAAAUGGCACAACAACAAGUAAAAUUCCAGCAGGAGACCAAAAAGUUCAUGAUGGAGACAAGGGGAGGAAUGCAGAAUGUGAAUGCCCACCUGUCACACCUUGCCCAAGCAGUAGCUCGCCUGGAAAGCAAACAAGGAGAACUUCCUGCCCAAGUGGAGGUCAAGAAGGUAAAUGCUGUGACACUCAGAAAUGGCAAGGAAUUACCCGAAGUGGUUGGAAAGAAAACUCAAGAGGAACCAGAGGUUAGUGAGGAAGUUGGAAUGGGGUCAACAGAUGAGGAAGAAUUAGCUCAAGAAAGGGAAAUCAAGAAGAAAGCAGCGGAGAAAGGCAAAGAAAAAUUGAGACACAUUGAGCCCAUAAUCCCCUUCCCAGGCAGAAUGGCCAAAGAACAGGAAAAGGAAGAAUUGACCGAAUUGGUGAAAAUCUUCAGAAAGGUGGAAGUCAAUAUGCCCCUUCUGGUCGCACUACGCUCUAUGCCCAGAUGCGCUAAAUUCCUAAAAGAGCUCUGCACCCGGAAGGUUAAAUACACUGAUGAUGCCAAGUUCCAAGUGGGCGAGUCAAUAUUCGCAGUCUUGCAACGAGAUAUGCCGAUAAAGUGUGGAGAUCCAGGGAUGUUCUACAUUCCUUGUGUGAUAGGGACCAUGAAGGUGGAUAAAGCAAUGCUCGACCUCGGGGCAUCCAUUAAUGUUAUGCUUUUAUCCAUGUAUCAGGACCUGGAGAUAGGACUGCUGAAGCCUACCCGAGUGGUAAUUCAACUGGCAGACAGGUCAAAUGUGUACCCAGAGGGGAUACUGGAGGACGUUUUGGUCAAAGUGGAGGAACUCAUUUUCCCAGCAGAUUUCUACAUCUUUGAUAUGGGAAAGUCAAAAGCACGCGACCCAGUCAUGCUUCUAGGAAGGCCUUUUCUCAAAACUGCCAGGACACGUAUCGAUUGUGAUACGGGCAAAUUGACAUGCCAGUUCGAGGAAGCGACAGUAACUUUUGAUAUAUAUAACGCCAUGAAGCAUCCAGCUGACACAGAGAUGAACAAUAUCACCGAGGAAGAUGUUCAGGAGAAACAACUACACGAGGCGGUGAAAAUGCUGAAUGCUUGGAGCGAAGGAAUCAACCACACGGAAGCUCUGAACAUUCCUACCUUGAAGGCUGAGGAUCGAUUGGUGCCUUCACUCCAUAGAGCACCCAAGCUCGAACUGAAGUCUCUGCCCAAACAUCUCAAAUACAUAUUUUUGGGCGACAAUGACACUUUGCCCGUAAUCAUCAACUCGGAGUUAACACCAGAAGAUGAAAGCAAGGUUAAGAAGACCUUAGGUAAAUACAAAGAAGCUAUUGGAUGGACCCUAGCCGAUAUUAAGGGCAUAAGCCCUACGGUGUGUAUGCACCACAUAUUGCUAGAAGAAGAUGCAACCCCAGCCCGAGAUCCCAGAGGAAGCUUAAUCCAGCGAUGA